AUGCUUCCGAGCGCUCUCCCUUGGCACUGCGGGAGUUCAACCGCUCUUUUCGGUUUGCCCGUGGCUCCGGGGUUUGGCAAUUGGGGCAAAAGUUUCCUGAUUGAGAACCUCCUGAGAGCUGGCGAAGGCCCGUCACGCCUCUCGCCGCCUCUGCCCGCCACUCCGAUCCCGCUCAAGUUGCGUGAACCAACGCGCAUCGUCGGAGAAGGUGCUUUCCCUGCCUGCGCUUGGCCUUUCCGAGCGUUGAAUGCUUCAGCAGGGGACUGCGCGGUUCCGGAGGACAGAGGAGGCGCAUUCCCAGCAACCGCCCCAGCAUUCCCAAAACGCUUCUUAACUGCCUUCCCAGUCUACUUGGCAUGCUGUGGUGGGUCCUGUCAACUCCCUGCAUCCCCCAUGGUUUUUCCAAGAGAGGAAAAUGCUCUGUCUCUUCUAAGCCAUGAUCCUAGAUCCCGGAGAGGUAUCUUAAGAAGGGCUGUCUUUUCAGAAGAGCAACGAAAAUCUUUGGAGAAAAUGUUUCAGAAACAGAAAUAUAUCAGCAAAAUAGACAGAAAAAAUUUGGCCAUCAAUCUGGGUCUGAAGGAGUCACAGGUCAAGAUCUGGUUUCAAAAUCGAAGGAUGAAAUGGAGAAACUCCAAAGAAAAAGAAGUGGUCUCAAAUCAGGGUCUGCCAGAUAAAGGUCUUCAAGAGAUGUAUGUUUCCAGGUGUUUAAAUUUUUCCUCCUCACCAUGUCCAGUCUGGGAAAUGUCUGAACAACAAUCAAGUUCAAGGUGGCAGAAUUUCCCAGAAUGUGCCGGGAGACUGAGUGACAGAAUUAGUCUGCGGCCGCACAUAAAGCCAACUUUGUCUUCUGGCACAUCAUAUUUGUAUCAAGAAAGAGGCACCAUAGAGAAGGAACUCUCUCAUAAGAACAGUGACAGUAAAAAUGAUGGCAAACCACUAUUUGAAGUGAACUCAAACUAA